AAUCCUUUAUUUUAUCAAAAUUUCUAGUAUAAAUUCCCAAUGUUUGGAUUAAAAUAAAAAGAAAGAGCACUAUGAAAUUAUUUCGUUUAUCACCUUUGUGGUUUAAAUGGAACAAUAUAUUUGAAUGCCUUAUUACAAAAGAAAAUAAACCCUUUAUAAAAUUUGAUCAAUGUCGAAGUUUAAGUAGCGCUCUGAGUUCCUCUGAACAAGAGCAAUGUAUCGUGGACUCUUGCUGUAUAGGUCCGAACUGCAAAGAACCACGCGUCAUUAUUGUAGGGGCUGGAAUGGCCGGGUUAUCUGCUGCUCAUCGCCUUACACAAUGUGGAAUAAGAAAUUUUGUUGUUUUGGAAGCUAAAGAAAGACCCGGUGGAAGAAUUCAUUCGUGUUGGCUUGGAGACGCUAUUAUCGAAAUGGGCGCGGAGUGGAUAUUUGGAGCGUGCCUACCGAAUUCUGUUUACACUUUAGCAUCUCAAGAUAGACUCCUCCAAACGCCAUUGCCUAGGCUAGAUCCUUCGAGAGGAUUAUUCUGUACAAGUGAGGGACGAGCUGUUGAUUUACCGGUCACUAUUACUGCGUAUCAUACAUUUCGACAAAUCGAACAACAAGCAGCAAACUUGUUUCGGCUAGGUGGGGAAAGACCACAUGGAACAUUACUCAACUUUCUUGGUUUACGAAUACAACAAGAAUUGCAUAAUUUUCCCGAAGAUCAAAGAUAUGACGCCGCAAGAGUAAUGUUUGGGUUAACAAAUAUUCUGCGAAACCGUUGUGGCGAUGAUUUAUCAUUAAUCAGUGCAGAUCAAUAUGGAAGUUAUAUUGAGCUACCGGGUGGAAGUGUUCGUGUUCCGUUGGGGUACGUCGGUGUAUUGGCUCCUUUAAUUAGAGGUCUACCUGACAAUUGCAUACGCUACAAUAAACCAGUAAACGUAAUUCGGUGGGGCAAAGGACAAGCGGGUGAUGGUCGGACAUUAGUUAAAUGUUGUGAUGGCGAAGAAAUAACUGCAGAUUAUGUGAUUGUUACUAUGUCUUUGGGAUGUCUUAAAUGUCAGGCUGAUAAAUUAUUCGCGCCACCACUUCCAACAUGCAAACUGCAAGCUAUCUGUAGUUUAGGGUUUGGUUUAAGUGACAAAGUAUUUCUUGAAUACGCGGAACCUUUUUGGGUUUGUCACGAAGGUAAUCUUAAAAUGGCCUGGUCGGCAGAAGAACUUCAAUGUAGAAGCGACUGGAGCCGGGGUGUGUGUGCCGUAGACGAAAUGCCAGGUAGUAAGCACGUUUUAUGCGCUUGGAUUUCAGGACAGGAAGCUGCUAUGAUGGAGUCGAUGGCAGAUAACGAUGUUGCUGAAGGUCUAACACAGUUGUUACGUAGGUUUACGGGCAAUCCCUGUUUGCCUUAUCCUCAAAUGAUGUUACGAUCACGGUGGGCGUCUGAUGCGCACUUUUGUGGUUCAUAUUCUUAUAUGGGUUGCUGUUCUACUGUAAGCCAUCAAUGCGAAUUAGGUACUCCUGUGCCAGGCCCAUGCGAUUCUCAACCACCGAUUAUACUAUUUGCUGGAGAAGCUACAGUGCCGGGUUAUUUUGCCACCGUACAUGGUGCAAGACUCAGUGGAAUUCGUGAAGCUGAAAGAAUCGUUCUAUUAACAAAGAAAUUUGAAGGACCUCCUCGCUAAUCUACAAAAAAUUCGCUGUAAAAAUGUAUGUGCACGUACCAAAGGAGUAAAUGUGACAAUAAACAAGUACUUAGUUGUGGGA